AGUACAGUAACGCCUAUUUAGUCACGUGCCCGAGCGCGACCAAUAGGAACAAGGCAAGGAUUUUAAAUUAGAGCCGCGGUUCGUUUUUGCAUCACAACAAGCUAGCAGGAGACAGCAGACGAUCCAAUGGCAAACAUAAUCUUUGCCGAGCAAGAAAAUGCACGCCUUGAUGUACCGUCACAGAUUAUGCGUCAACGACUUAAAUCUGCUCCAGAGAAACUACUAAAGUCACCCAUGACUGGCAAGAUGAUUACAACGCCACGGCCAUCUGGUCGUAGGGCUUUUGGACUGGUGAACAAAAAGAUUUCAACUCCAUUGGUCAACCCACAAGAGAAGAAACUCUUAAAGCCACAGCAGGAGACUAAAGUGAUGCCAGCUCCUCUCUCUGAAGGGGAGGAAUAUCCAGAAAUAGAGCUGUUUAUCCCUUAUGACCCAUCAGAAUUUGAGCGGUACAGCAAACCUGAAGUCUUGGUUCCUCUUAAUUGCUUGGCUGGAUUGGCAUGUUUUACAUACGACCUUCCCAACCUGGGUGAGGACAAGCUGGAGGAUCUCCCAGUUCCUUCACCUUUGAAGAUCCCACGAUGUUCAGAUAACUUCCCGGAGCUGUCUGCGUUUCUUCAAACAUUGGAGGAAAUCCCUGACCUUCCCUCAGAAUCUGAGUUCUAAUGUAUGUUUAUCGAUGCUUUCUAUUGUUUGAAUAAAAGUUUACUCCUUUCUCA